UCCCGAGCAGAGCAAUGCGCAUGCGCACGAGCGGGCGCUGAGGACGGAGAACAGCUGUACCGGAGGCCACAAUGCGACUGUCGCUGUGGGCUUCUGCCUUGAUCCCCAUCCGCAAUGGCUGCGCAGAAUGAUCCAGAGAGCUCGUACUAUGCGCUCCUCUAGACCCACAAACAGAAGAGCACAAGCGGAGCCGUCUCAAAAUGAGCACCGGAUUCAGCUCGAGCUCCUGCCGCUUCGCGGAUUAUUUCGUGGUCUGCGGUCUGGACACCGAGAGCGGCUUAGAACCAGACGAGCUGUCCGCUUUAUGCCAGUAUAUACAGGCUACUAAAUUCAGAGAUGGUGCCAGAGGAAAGUUGGCGAGUGCAAACGAAGGUGAAAAUUUUGAGCAGAGUCCACUGCGGAGAACUUUUAAAUCUAAAGUUCUAGCGCACUAUCCAGACAAUGUGGAGUGGAACCCUUUUGACCAGGAUGCAGUGGGAAUGCUCUGUAUGCCAAAGGGCCUGUCCUUCCGCACUCAGACAGACAUCCGCGAGCCGCAGUUCCACUCCUUCAUUAUCACAAGAGAGGACGGCUCCCGAACCUACGGCUUUGCCCUCACCUUCUUUGAGGAGGUGACCAGCAAACAGAUCUGCAGUGCCAUGCAGACACUCUAUCACAUGCACAAUGCAGAACAGUACGACAUCCUGCACACGCCACCCACACCUCGCAGUCCAGAAGACCACCGUCCCACUCCUCAACAACUGCACGCUGCCCCCUCCCUAUCCAGGUUGCAGCGCUUCAACUCGUAUGACAUCAGCCGAGACACACUCUACGUGUCCAAAUGCAUCUGCCUGAUCACGCCCAUGGCCUUUGCCAAUGCCUGCAGAAAGGUUCUCGAACAGCUGCACCAGGCCGUCACCUCGCCUCAGCCCCCGCCGCUGCCGCUGGAGAGCUAUGUCUACAACGUCCUCUACGAGGUCCCGCUGCCACCGGCCGGGCGUUCCUUGAAGUUCUCGGGCGUAUAUGGGCCAGUGUUGUGUCAGAGACCCAGCACGAUCGAGCUGCCUCUCUUUGACUUCCCCCUGCAAGAGGUGUUUGAGCUGCUGGGGUUGGAGAACGUGUUACAACUCUUCACCUGUGCACUACUGGAGAUCCAGAUCCUUCUCUACUCGCAACAUUACCAGCGGCUGAUGACGGUGGCAGAGAGCAUCACGGCCUUAAUGUUCCCCUUCCAAUGGCAGCAUGUGUACGUGCCCAUCUUGCCCGCUUCACUGCUCCACUUCCUGGACGCUCCUGUGCCCUACCUCAUGGGUCUGCACUCCAACGGCCAGGAUGACCGCACCAAGCUGGAACUUCCUCAAGAGGCCAACCUGUGUUUUGUCGAUAUUGACAACCACUUCAUCGAGCUACCUGAGGACCUGCCUCAGUUUCCCAACAAGCUGGAGUUCAUCCAGGAGAUCUCGGAGGUUCUGUUGGCUUUCGGCUUGUCUCCGGAGGCAAACCCACAAUGCAGCGAGGGCCAGAGCAAGAUCAGGGGCUUCCGCUCAGGUGACAUGUCCUCCGACAAGCGCAAUGGCAACCUGGCCGGCUCGCCGCUCAACUCGUACCUGCUGAGAGAAAACCAAACCAUAGCUCGUCUGCAAGCGCUGGUCAAGAGGACUGGAGUCAGUCUGGAGAAGUUGGAUGUGAAGGAGGACACGAGCACUAAUAAAGAUUCGAAAGUGCAGUGUGAUGAAGAUGAGAUGAAAAUGCAUCAGCUGAACAUUCGGGUGCGAGAGGUCUUCGCCAACCGCUUCACGCAGAUGUUCUCUGACUAUGAGGUGUUCGUCAUUCAGCCCAGCCAAGACAAAGAGUCCUGGUUCAGCAACCGAGACCAGAUGCAGAACUUUGACAAGGCCUCCUUCCUUUCGGAUCAGCCAGAACCUUACCUGCCAUUCCUGUCUCGCUUCCUGGAGACGCAGAUGUUUGCCUCUUUCAUCGACAGUAAGAUCCUCUGCCACGAUGACGAGGACAAAGAGCACACGCUGCGAGUGUUUGACUCCCGUGUUGACAAGAUCCGCAUGUUAAAUGUCAGGACGCCCACCCUGCGGACCUCCAUGUACCAGAAAUGCACCAAUAUUGAUGAAGCAGAAAAGGCCAUCGAGAUGAGACUGUGUAAGAUCGACCACACGGCUCUGCAUCCCCACCUGCUGGACAUGAAGAUCGGUCAGGGCCGCUAUGAGCCGGGCUUUUUCCCCCGCUUACAGUCCGAUGUGCUCUCCACUGGACCCACCAGCAACAAAUGGGCGAAGCGCAGUGCACCAGCACAAUGGAGGAGGAGGGACAGACAGAAACAGCACACUGAACAUCUCUAUCUGGACAAUGACCAGAGAGAGAAAAAUGAAGCCAAAAUAUUCCAGAAAUCGCCGCUGACAUUGUGCGCCGAUGACGUCAUUUGGAGCCGUCAUUUGGAUGGCGUCAUUUGGAGCCAGAGUCUGCGCAGUAGUGAUUCUGAGAAAUACAUCCAAGAGGCCAGGAACCUUGGAACCACUCUCCGCCAGCCCAAACUCUCCAACCUGUCACCCUCAGUCAUUGCACAGACCAAUUGGAAGUUUGUAGAGGGACUGUUAAAGGAGUGCAGAAAUAAGACGAAGCGCAUGCUGGUGGAGAAGAUGGGACGGGAAGCGGUGGAGCUCGGCCAUGGGGAGGUUAGCAUCACUGGCGUGGAGGAGAACACGCUCAUCGCCAGCUUGUGUGAUCUGCUGGAAAGAAUCUGGAGCCACGGUCUGCAGGUCAAGCAGGGAAAAUCCGCCUUGUGGUCACACCUCUUACAUUAUCAAGAGAGUAAAGAGAAGAGAGACGCUACUCCAGCAGGCCUCGGCCCUCCUGGUAUCAUUCAUGACACGGAGAGACGGAAGUCGGAUGCUGGCUGUGCAAUGCCUCCUCUCAAAGUCUCCUUGAUCCAGGACAUGAGGCACAUCCAGAACAUCAGUGAGAUCAAGACAGAUGUUGGGAAGGCCAGGGCAUGGGUGCGUCUCUCCAUGGAGAAGAAACUGCUGUCCAGACACCUGAAACAACUGCUGUCUGACCAUGAGCUCACAAAGAAACUCUAUAAGCGCUACGCUUUCCUGCGCUGUGAUGAUGAGAAGGAGCAGUUCCUCUACCAUCUCCUCUCUUUUAACGCUGUGGACUACUUCUGCUUUACCAACGUCUUCACCACAAUUAUGAUACCAUACCAUGUGGUCAUCAUCCCCAGUAAGAAACUCGGUGGCUCAAUGUUUACGGCCAACCCCUGGGUGUGCGUCUCAGGGGAACUAGCUGAGACCGGGGUCCUGCAGGUCCCCAAAAACACUCUGGAGAUUACGUUUGAGUGCCAGAACCUGGGGAAGCUGACCACCAUACAGAUGGGCCAUGAUAACUCAGGGCUGUAUGCUAAGUGGCUAGUGGAGUGCGUAAUGGUCCGAAAUGGGAUCACAGGGCACACUUACAAGUUUCCGUGCGGACGUUGGCUGGGUAAAGGAGUGGAUGAUGGCAGCUUGGAGAGGAUACUGGUGGGCGAAUUGGUGACUAACACGGAGAACGAGGAGAGAAUGUGCCGGACGCCUCCAAUGCAGCAAUCCCCCGGGAUGAUGCGCAGAUUUGUCACCAUUUCGCCAAACAGCAAACCAAAGUUAAACACGGGCCAGAUCCAGGAAGGUGUGGGAGAGGCGAUUAAUGGUAUCGUCAAACACUUCCAUAAGCCAGAAAAAGAGAGAGGAAGCCUCACACUGCUUUUGUGUGGAGAGUAUGGUUUAGUAUGGGCUCUAGAGCAGGUGUUCCAGCAUGGAUUCAAGUCACCACGCCUUUUCAAGAACGUCUUCAUUUGGGACUUUCUAGAAAAAUCACAGGUUUACUUUGAGAGUGCGGAACAGAGUCAGAUGACCCAGGACGAGAACUGGCAGAUGAGAGUGCGUCAUUUCUGCCAUUUCAUGCGCGCCAUCAACAGCACACCCAGAAACAUCGGCAAAGACGGGAAGUUUCAGAUGCUCGUGUGUCUCGGGGCCAGAGAUCACCUGCUGCACCACUGGAUCGCGCUCCUUGCCGAGUGUCCAAUCACAGCACAGAUGUACGAGGACACGGCGCUCUUAAAGGACCAUUCUCUGGUGAACUCUCUGAUUCGAGUGCUACAGACUCUGCAGGAAUUCAAUAUCACUCUGGAGGCCUCUCUUGUGAAAGGGAUAGGGAUCUAACGCCGCCUGAAUAUACAACUAACACAGAUCAGCGGGGACCAUGGACUAACUUUUUUUUUACACGGAGAGACUUGAACAAAAGGACUUAACCUGGCUUACGUUAAAGCUACUGUCAUGUUUGCCAUAUAUUAAGUGCAAUGAGCCUUUUCAAGCGUGUCAUAAUUUUUAUCAACUGACAUUCAAAUAUGUCCUCUAUUUUGAUCCAUACUUUUCCGGAAAGUUGAAAACUCCCAACCUGUGCUAUACCGUUUUAUUGAAAGCUCAAUAUUUUUCGUUGUUGUUGUGGACUGCUGACAAUGGCUAUAUUUAAAAGGGAAACGUGUAAGAAAAACUGUUAUUAUAUUUUCAGAGAAGAACAGUGUUAUUUUGAUAUGUGUCAGGUUGCUUGCUCUGUGCUCUAAUCUAAUCCAUACUGUCACAAUGCAGAGUUUGAAGCAAAUGAUGUAGAAGUAUGCUUUAUAAGUACAACUUAUGGGGAAUUCAUAUUUUUACUUAAAAAAAAAAAAAAAAAAGAAAAGAAAGGAAAGAUAAGAAAAAUGGAAACAUUUUUUUUGUAACAAUGCCAGGGGUUUGUGUGAUUUUUCCCUCCAAAUGCAAAUCAGUUUAAAGGGACAGUCCACCCCAAAAAUUACACUACCGGUCAAAUUAUUUUAAAAUGUUUUUUAAAGAAGUCUAUUCUGCUCACCAAGGCUGCAAUAUUUGACCAGAAAUACAGGAAAAAAACAGUAAUAUUGUGAAAUAUUAUUACAAUUUAAAAGAAAAUUUUAAUAAAUUUUAAAAUGUAAUUUAUUCCUGUGAUCAAAGCUGAAUUUUCAGCAUCAUUACUCCAGUCUUCAGUGUCACAUGAUCCUUCAGAAACCAUUCUGAUAUGAUGAUUUGCUGCUCAAGAAACAUUUAUCAAUAAUGUUUGACCGUUUUUUCUGCUUAAUGUGUUUGUGGAAACCAUGAUAAUUAAGAUUAAAGAUAUUAAGCAGCAAAAAUUGUUUCUAACAUCAAUGAUAUGAUGAUAAUUGAGCAGCAAAUCAAUAAAUGAUUUCUGAAGGACCAUGUGACACUGAAGACUGGAGUAACGAUGCUGAAAAUUCAGCUUUGAUCACAGGAAUAAUUUUUUUCUUUUAAUAUAUUAAGAUUCAAAACAGUUAUCUUAGAUUGCAAUAAUAUUUCACAAUAUUACUGUUUUUUUCUGUAUUUCUGAUCAAAUAAAUGCAGCUUGAUUCAAAAACAUUUAAAAAUCUUAAUUAUUCCAAAUAAUUAGUCAUCAUUUACUCGCCCUCUUGUCAUUCCGAAUGCACUUUCCUUCUUCCCCAUACAGUGAAAGUGAAUGGUGACCCAGUGUUCAUUAAAUGGGAAAAGAGCAGCUUGGACUUUCGUCUAAAUAUCUCCUUUUGCGUUCCACGCAGGAAAAGUGUGAACUGUCUCCUUAAGCUUAUUAUGAUCCCCUAAAAUAAGAGAUGCGACUCCUGAAAGUGACAUCCAAACAUAUUUUAUGAGAGAGGUUGUAAAAACAAUCAAAGGAUAACAUUAACGUUUCAUCCUUUCAAAGUAUCGUAACACUCCCCAUCUCUUCAGCCCUCAGGUCUCGACCGUGGCCAACUCUAAUGCCAUAUUUAAAGUAGAAUUAAAUUGCGGCACAGAUGCUGUGUUUGUGUCCCUAGUUAAACCCCAGCAGCCCCUCUGUUUCUGCUAUGCAAUAUUUACAGCUCCAAGAUUUUAUUGAAUAUUGAUGAAAUAUUCACCUGUUUUUAGCGUGUAGCAUAAUUUGUAGGAUAUUCCUGGGAGAAGCACAUUAAAGGCUGAUAUUCAUGUGCCAAUUUCAUGGUGACUGUUCUGGUUCCUGUUCAAACACAGCUGGCAUGAGCAUUCUGGGAGGUUUUUAUUUUCUUUCUUUUCUUGUGUUUUAUCUCUUGAUACAUUUAUAGACAAAGAGUGUAAUGUAGUGUUAAAUAUUGAACAACUGUGUACAGUGUAUAAAAUGUAUUAAAGGUGACAAUUCAA